AUGCAGCCGGACCAGCAGUCAGAUGCGAACUCGGAUCCACUGCAGGCAGUCGGCAAAGCUUUUGACGCUUUGCUACUAACCAUCUACCGACUUACGAACAGGCACAAUGAUCUUAAGCAACAUGCUGAAGAGAUGUUCCAGCAGUAUACCAACGUGACCCGACAGUUGGCGCCCCAAGAUAAACCCCAUGCAAUGGAAGUGCAGCAAAGGUUACUGGAUCAACAGAAGGAAUUGUCUCUAGGCCUGGUGCACAACAAGUCCCGAAUCGAAGAACAGUCGCUGAAUUCCAUGGAUGUAAUCAAGACGCUUGUCUCGCACCAAAAUGUAGACGAAAAUGCCACUCGGGCUAUCGUGGCCGGAGUGAAAGGCUAUAAGGCCUUACUCCGUACCCAGGAUAACCUCUCCCAAAUUUCCUCCAACUGCAUCCUGGCCCGAGGGCCUGAUCCCUCAGUGUGCCUGGAGCAGGACUUCACCACAAACGGGACGCAGGGUAGCUUGCAUUGUCCCUUCUCCAAACCCAAGAUGUCGCAGAACCCCGCAGAUGGCAGCGAUGCCCCUAAGAUCCAGGUCGAUACAUGUGGAAAUGAUCUGGAUCCCAUCAAAGCUGAUCAGGAGGAGCGGCGCUCCAGCACCACCCCGUCGGCCAGGACCCGGACGUCCAGUGGACAGUGCCCCGUGUCUCGAUGUCCCAUUCGUUACAUGGACAAACAUUCUCCUGAGGAGAUUGCUGAGUACGUGGAGCGACAUAAACAUGAGAUUCCGCGCAGUCACGCCAUUUGCGUCAAGCGAUAUCAACGAGACCCGCAGAAUAUGCGGCUGCUCGAUGCAAAAUAUGGCGGCUUGGCCAAUAUGAUCAACGGUCUCUCAGUUAAGCAUCAGGCUUUCCUUCCCAAUCGCCAGACAGACGGCGACGACCAAGGGUCCACCUCAGCUUCCACACAACGAGUCGAGCAGUGGGCAGAGAACGUCCACCCCGCCAACCCCGGUCCGAGUCCUCCAACCGAGACAGAAGACGACGAGAAUCGCAAGGGUCAUUUCGACCGCCCUCUUCGAGAAGUCCGUGUCGGCGAAUCUCCAAGCCGGCCUUGGGGGAUUCCAGUCCCCAUCACCCAACAAGCCGAUGCUUCUGCCUUGCCUGGCUCACCACCUGCGCCUAUGUCUCCUGAGUCUCAUCCCGCGCCACCGGACAAAGUCGCCGACGUUCCCAAAAACCCAGCUGGUCGUUGCCCAUUCGGUCAUGGUGCUUCAAACCCAGCGCCCAAGCCCGAAGAGGCCGCAAUUCCGCCAAAGCCGGACGCACCCUGGCCUGGCUGGGCGCAGAAGGACAUUGACAACGCCAUGAAGCCAAAUAUCUCCCAGGCAGACCCUGCAAAGUCGGAAAGAACUUCACAACCUGCGAAUGUUAUUUUCAGUGGACCCGUUUUCUUUGGAUACUCGGCCGAAGAAACUGCCCGUUUUAUGCAGCAAUUGCAAGAUUGGGGCAAGUCCUAA